UGGACUCAGUGAGCCUGUGGUUUUACAUCUGCUGGGUGGGCUGUGUGGGGGAGUGCUAACAGAACACAGCUUGAGGACAGACAGCUUUCUGUCUCUGCAGUAGAGUAACUUAAUGGCUUCCCCUCCCUCACCAUCUCCCUGUGGAAGUCCUGAACGACGCUGAAGCCCCUCCCUCCAUCCAUCUGCUCUGGGUCGGGUAGUUGAGGCCAAGGGGAGCUGAGGGGGAGUAAACCGGAUAUGGACUUUGGUUUAUUGGAAACUUUGGCAAACAGAGGGGUGAGGAAGGAGAGCCCACAGAGCAAAAUCAGCCACUUUGGUCAGGGCCAGGCUGUGGUUAAGGUGGGGAGUGGAGAGGAUGGGUGACCCGGUCCUUGGUUUGGGGGAGGGGCUGGCUCUGGGGUGCACACACCCAUCCGUGCGCAGCCCCGAGGGACUGCGAAGUCGGAGAAAACCACAUCUUUCCAUUGACCUCUGUAUUGUCGGCCCAAAGCCAUUCUGGACGAUUAGGAGGGGGUGGCGCUACCUUAUCUGGGGCGUGCAGACGGGUGGUAGCCUCCUCCUCACCACGCCCCUUUUCUAGGGUCGGGGAGCCGCGGUCACGUUUCAUCUCCCUGUCCUAGUACCGUGCUCCCCCAAACAGGUCUGCGCACUCUUAGUGCGCGAGGACACACCGCCUCUCCCCGGGCUCCGGCUUCGGAAAGAGACUGAGGGCGGGUGCUUCGGGAGGCCAGGAGGAGGAGGGCCAGCGGCCGGGGGCGGGGCAGUGGCCGAGCCGCCGCAGCUCAGUCGACUUGGGGCUGCUGAGCUCUUGGUUCCAGCCAGCCUCACCCGUUCCGGAGCCCCCUGAACCACCGGACUCCGCUGGUUCCGGCCCCGCGAUGAGCCCACCGCCCAGUGCCGAAGAGCCCCCUGAGGGCACGUGGACCGCGGGCGCCCCGGUGAAGCCUGCAGACUCCGAGCGUUCGGAGCCCGCGGGCUCCACAGGAGGGUCGGGGUCCCGGGAACAGCCGAGGAUCAGUGAGGCGGCGGCAGCCCGGGAGCGGCGGCGGGAGCAAGAGGAAAAAGAGGACACGGAGACCCAGGCUGUGGCAACGUCCCCGGACGGCCGAUACCUCAAGUUUGACAUCGAGAUUGGACGUGGCUCGUUCAAGACGGUGUAUCGAGGGCUGGACACCGACACCACGGUGGAGGUGGCCUGGUGUGAGCUGCAGACUCGGAAACUGUCUCGAGCCGAGCGGCAGCGAUUCUCCGAGGAGGUGGAGAUGCUCAAGGGGCUGCAGCACCCCAACAUCGUCCGCUUCUACGACUCCUGGAAGUCGGUGCUGAGGGGCCAGGUUUGCAUCGUGCUGGUCACCGAACUCAUGACCUCUGGCACGCUCAAGACAUACCUAAGGCGGUUCCGCGAGAUGAAACCACGAGUCCUUCAGCGCUGGAGCCGCCAAAUCCUGCGUGGGCUCCAUUUCCUACACUCCCGGGUACCCCCCAUCCUGCACCGAGAUCUCAAGUGUGACAACGUCUUUAUCACCGGCCCUACGGGCUCUGUUAAGAUCGGGGACCUGGGCCUGGCCACGCUCAAGCGCGCCUCCUUCGCCAAGAGCGUCAUCGGGACCCCGGAGUUCAUGGCCCCAGAGAUGUACGAGGAAAAGUACGACGAGGCCGUGGACGUGUACGCGUUUGGCAUGUGCAUGCUGGAGAUGGCGACCUCGGAAUACCCCUACUCAGAGUGCCAGAAUGCCGCUCAAAUCUACCGCAAGGUCACCUCGGGCACGAAACCUAACAGCUUCUACAAGGUGAAGAUGCCCGAGGUAAAGGAGAUCAUUGAAGGCUGCAUCCGCACGGAUAAGAAUGAGAGGUUCACCAUCCACGACCUUCUGGCUCACGCCUUCUUCCGCGAGGAGCGCGGCGUCCAUGUGGAGUUGGCGGAGGAGGACGACGGAGAGAAGCCGGACCUCAAGCUCUGGCUGCGCAUGGAGGACGCGCGGCGAGGGGGGCGCCCACGGGACAACCAGGCUAUCGAGUUCUUGUUCCAGCUGGGCCGGGACGCGGCCGAAGAGGUGGCUCAGGAGAUGGUGGCCCUGGGCUUAGUGUGUGAAGCUGAUUACCAGCCAGUGGCUCGUGCAGUGCGUGAACGGGUUGCUGCCAUCCAGCGAAAGCGUGAGAAGCUGCGCAAAGCUAGGGAGUUGGAGGCCCUCCCCCCAGCGCCGCGACCCCCACCAGCAGCUGUCCCCACGACUCCUGGUCCCUCCGGUGCCUUCCCUCCUGAGCCCGAGGAGCCAGAGGCAGACCAGCACCAGCCCUUCCUCUUCCGCCAUGCCAGCUAUUCAUCUACCACCUCGGAUUGCGAGACUGAUGGCUACCUCAGCUCCUCCGGCUUCCUGGAUGCCUCAGACCCUGCCCUUCAGCCCCCUAGUGGGGUGCCUUCCAGCCCCGCUGAGUCCCAUCUCCACCUGCCCGCGGCUUUCGCUCUAUCCAUUCCAUGUUCUGGCCCUGGCAAUGACUUUUCCCCUGGAGAGAGUUAUGCCUCAGAUGCAGCAUCAGGCCUUAGUGAUGUGGGAGAAGGGAUGGAACGGAUGAGGAGACCCCCAGGGAAAAACCUCCGGCGUAGACCCCGAUCCCGGCUUCGGGUCACAAGUGUCUCAGACCAGAAUGACAGAGUGGUUGAAUGCCAGUUGCAGACGCACAACAGCAAGAUGGUGACCUUCCGAUUUGAUCUGGAUGGGGACAGCCCAGAAGAGAUUGCAGCUGCCAUGGUGUAUAAUGAGUUCAUUCUGCCCUCGGAGCGAGCUGGAUUCCUGAACCGGAUUCGGGAGAUUAUCCAGCGAGUGGAGACCCUGUUGAAGAGAGAUACUGGCCCUGCGGAGGCUGCUGAAGACCCUCUGAGUCCCCAGGAGGAGCCAGCACCACUGCCUGCUCUCCUGGGGUACCCCCCAGAUCCGCCCAGGGCAGAGCUCCAGAGCAGCACCUCCCUGGAGCAGAGAUGCUGGGCAGCUUUCUCUGCCUCCACAUCUCCUGGAACCUCCUUGUCUUCUGGAAACUCCUUUUCUCCUGGAACCCCUGUUUUCCCAAGUCCCAUCCUUCCCAUCACUUCUCCCCCAUGUCAUCUCAGCCCCUCCUCAUUCUCCCCAGUUUCUUCUCAGGCCUCCUCAAAUCUCUCUCCAUGCCCCCCAAGCUGCCCACUUCCAUUCCCCCCCAGUGCACCCCAGUUUCCAGUCCCAUCUGCUCAGUUUCCACAGAGUUCUGUCCUCCCCGAUUGUUUCCAGGUCACUGUCACUCCUCCCUCCUUUCCCCCCUGCCCCUCUGCUUGUCCCCUCCCCUCCACCACUGCAGCCCCUCUCCUCUCUCUGGCCAGUGCCUUCUCUCUGGCUGUGAUGACCGUGGCUCAGUCCCUGCUGUCCCCGGCCCCUGGGCUCCUGUCCCAGUCUCCUCCAGCUCCUUCUGGUCCUCUCCCUAGCCUGCCCCCUCCCACUCCCAGUACUCCUUGUGGCCAGGAGCGGCCUUCAUCGCUGACAGCUGAGAUGGAGAGUGAGGCCUCUCCGAAUCUUGGUCGGUCACUCCCGGGUGAAGCCAGAUUGGCGCCCAUCUCGGAAGAGGGAAAGCCUCAGCUUGUUGGGCGCUUCCAAGUGACUUCAUCCAAGGAGCCAGCUGAGCCUCUUCCCCUGCAGCUGGCACCCCCAACUCCCUCUGGCUCCCCGAAGCCUCAAACCCCUCAGCUGACCUCGGAGAGCUCGGACACGGAGGACAGUGCUGGAGCCAGGCCAGAGGCCAGGGAGGCUCUGGCUGAAAGUGACCGUGCAGCUGAGGGCCUAGGGGCUGGAGCUGAAGAGGAAGGGGACGAUGGGCAGGGACCCCAAGCAGGGGGCAGCCCUCCACCCCUGAGCCAUCCCAGCCCAGUGUGGAUGAGCUACUCCUGUAACAGCCUGUGUCUGAGCAGUGAGGAGUCAGAGAGCAGUGGAGAGGACGAGGAAUUCUGGGCUGAGCUACAGAAUCUUCGGCAGAAGCACUUGGCAGAGGUGGAGGCACUACAGACACUACAGAAACAGGAAAUCGAGGACUUGUAUGGCAGGCUUGGGAAGCAGCCCCCGCCAGGGAUCGUGGCCCCUGCUGCUAUGCUGUCCAGCCGCCAGCGCCGCCUCUCCAAGGGCAGCUUCCCCACCUCACGGCGCAACAGCCUGCAGCGUUCUGAGCCCCUGGGCCCCGGCAUCAUGCGAAGGAACUCCCUGAGCGGCAGCAGCACCGGCUCCCAGGAGCAGCGGGCAAGCAAGGGGGUGACAUUCGCCGGGGAUGUUGGCAGGAUGUGAAUUCUGAACAGAGGCCAUGUGUCUCACCCACACCUGGGCCCACCAUGGAGCUUGUGCCCUUAGAAUCUGCUGACCAGCACAACCCUGCAAGGAAGACCUCAGCACUGAGGGAGCAGGCGUGGACCUGCUGCUCCGCUAGAAGAGCCAAACAUGUGGGAACUGUUUGCUGUGUGUAGAAGGUGUACGUUCUGUAAAUCCUCAUCCUUGCCACCUCCCCAGCAGAGAGAGAACCACUAAACAGUCCCACCUGAGUCCAGAUGCUUCUAGAAGGCACACUCCCAGUUGGGCAGGAGAAGGGAGAAUUAGUAGCAGCCAAUAAAAGUUCUGGAACCUAGAACCUGGCAAAUCUGUAUGGAUCUUAGAAACAGGGCAAAGCUCUGUGGGGGAACUUCCCUGGUGGUCUGGUGGUUAAGGACCCAUCUCUCAGUGCGAGGGACUAGGGUUCCAUCCCUAGUCAGAGAAGACUGCACAUGCCACAGGGCCGCUAAGCCCAUGUACCACAACCGCGGAGCCUGCACGCCCUAGAGCCUGUGCUGUGCCGAGAGAAGCCACUGCAAUAAGAAGCCCACGCACCACGGCGAAGAGUAGCGCCUGCUUGCUGCAACUAGAGAAAACCCAGGAGUAGCGAUGAAGAACUAGCACAGCCAAAAAAGCUUUGUAGUAGGGUAAGGCAGGGGAGGAUUUAGAAGGAAUUCCCCUCUCACAAUGGGAGGCAGGGGUGGAACCCAGCCUUCGGGCUUCCUGCCAGCAGUUCAUGAAGAAACUGCAAGGUCAAUAAUCCACCUGACCAAGCUAAGAUUCCACCCAGACUCCACCUUAGGCCUACACAAGCAGGCCCCAGUGGAAGUUAAUGAAAGCUGCUUGUCCAUCCUUCCUUUACCUCUGGAGAAGGGAGAAGGCAGUAAAGUUGAGCGUAGUGUGUCCUGAGAGUUGAGGACAGAAGAGUGACCUUCCUCCCCGCCCCCAAGAGCUGGUUCAGUCUCAAAACGGCCCAGUGACCCACCACAAUCUCUCCCUUAAGUCAGGUGGAACGAUCUCAUGGAAAAAGUAAUUCUAGUUAAACAUUUACAGCUCCCUGGGGCAGUGGUGGCUCAGAUGGUAAAGUGUCUGCCCACAGUGCGGGAGACCUGGGUUCAAUCCCUGGGUCCGGAAGAUCCCCUAGAGAAGGAAAAGGCAACCCACUCCAGUACUCUUGCCUGGAAAAUUCCAUGGACAGAGGAGCCUUGUAAAAGCUACAGUCCAUGGAGUUGCAAAGAGUUGGACACAACUGAGCGACUUCACUUGGGGCAAUAUCACUGCUGCAGCUGCUGCCUGUGAAGUGCUUCAGCAUGAAGUGUCAGCCCCAACACACUCAUUGGACUUGGAGAGAAAUGAUUCAGUUUAUUACUUUCAACCUGACCCCAUCUUUCCCAUUUUAGGCUCCAACACUGCACAUAGCUGCCACACCCACCCCCAUAAUAGCCCACCUCUUGUCCUCCACCCUCCAAAUCGGCCCCCAGGGGAGUUUAAGAGGACUAAACCAUGAAGUCAAUGCUUGGGAAAAGCCAAGGUGGAUACUUCAAACAAGGAAACAAACUAGGAAACAAACAAAG